UACACCACACAGCCUCUCUAAUGAAAAUACAUUGCAUUUGAUUAUUUUCCACGUACACACAUCAAACUUAGUCUUUAAUCGAAAUGCACGCUGGUUUAACGCUGAUUGCAAUUUCUUUAAUCACAAUAGUCAAUGCAAGAGCUCUAGAUGAAGACAUGCUAUUAUAUUGGAGAAAAAGCGACGCUGGGAAAUGCAAACCUUUCACAUCCUUCUUCAUGGGCUGCAAUAAAUGCGUCUGCAGCGCUGACGGGACGUCUUUCUGCACUAGAAUGGCUUGUUUUAAAGCUACGAAUCGAUUAUCUGAGGAAUCAAUUGAAAAUGAAAUGGACACUCUAAAACAACCAUCCGUAGAAAAGCUAGGGGCCACAUCACAUCAGAAAGAAAAAGGGAACUCUGUUUAGAACCAGCCAAUACCAUCUUCACUGUCUCCACAUUAGCUUGUCAAGGCUCACUGAUGAAAGCGCUCAACUA